AGUAAAUGCUGCCAUUGGCUGUAACAGGAGUCAAAGUUAGUCUGAGUAAACCUGUGCAAGAGUAUAAAACCCCAUAAACUCAGGGCUCUGCUGACGAACCCAGAAGAACAAGCCGAGUCACAGACGCGAGACUGUCCCAGCAGAGAUCAUGGCUAGCCGUUUUGAACACCCUGCUGGAGGAUAUAAGAAAAUCUUUGAGACUGUGGAGGAGCUGAACGAACCUCUUCCAGCAACCGUCACGGGCCGCAUCCCCUCGUUUAUAAAAGGCAGUCUGCUCCGUCUGGGCCCCGGUUUGUUUGAGGCCGGAUCGGAGCCCUUCUUCCAUCUGUUCGAUGGCCAGGCCCUCAUGCACAAGUUUGAUUUCAGCAACGGACAGGUCACGUAUUUCCGCAAGUACGUCAAACUUCCUAGUUUUGGCAUGACAGAAAACUACUUUGUCUUCGUUGAGACGCCUGUUAAAAUCAACCUGCUGAAGUUCCUGAGCGCCUGGAGUAUCCGAGGAUCCAACUAUAUGGACUGCUUUGAAUCUGACGAGGAGAAAGGCACGUGGAUACACAUUGCGAGGAAGCAUCCAGGAGAGUACAUUGACUAUAAAUUCAGAACCGCUGCGAUGGGUCUUUUCCAUCACAUCAACUGCUACGAGGACUCGGGCUUCAUUGUUGUUGACCUGUGUGCCUGGAAAGGGGUUGACAUGUGUGACUAUGUGAACAUAAAUGGAGUAACGGCUCAUCCGCACAUCGAGAAAGACGGCACGGUCUACAACAUCGGAAACUGCAUGGGGAAGGGAGCCUCGCUGGCCUACAAUAUCGUCCGAAUCCCACCUAAACAGAAAGACAAAUCGGACCCCAUUGAGAAAUCCAAGGUGGUUGUGCAAUUCCCAAGCGCGGAGAGGUUCAAGCCGUCCUAUGUGCACAGUUUUGGCAUGACAGAAAACUACUUUAUUUGCAAGCUGAAUGUGAAGACUAAGGAGACCUGGGUCUGGCAGGAGCCGGACUCGUACCCUUCAGAACCGCUGUUUGUGCAGCACCCUGAUGGAGUGGAUGAGGAUGACGGUGUCUUAAUGACAAUUGUGGUGUCGCCUGGAGCCCAGAGACCUACAUGUUGCCUGAUCUUGAAUGCUAAGGACCUGUCUGAGAUUGCAAGAGCGGAAGUUGACAUCAUGUCUCCAGUCACCUUCCAUGGAAUGUAUAAGCCAUAGAGUGGCUGCUCCUACAUGUACACACCAUGACACUGUAAACUAAUAAUAAUAAAACUAUGGUAUUGCA